AUGAGUCAGAAAACGGCUAAGGAGGGUCCCAGACUCUCCAAGAACCAAAAGUUUUCCGAGCACUUCGUCAUACGUUGCUGCCCACCAUUCACCUUCCUCAACUCCAAACGUGAGAUUGUGGAUCGGAAAUACAGCAUCUGUAGAAGUGGCUGCUUUUACCAGAAGAAAGAAGAGGACUGGAUCUGCUGUGCCUGCCAGAAGACCAGCACCAGCCGCCGUGCAACGUCCCCUCAGAAGCCCAAGAAACAACCAGCUGCACCCCCCGCCGUGGUCAAAGCACCAGCCAAGCCACGGUCCCCUCCGAGGUCUGAGCGUCAGCCACGCCCCCGCCCAGACGUCCGAACACCACCAGCCAAGCAGCGCCCCCCUCAGAAGCCCAAGCAGCAGCCGCGCAGCAGUCCCCAGAGAGGGCCAGGCACCAGCCGUGGGGGGUCUCCCGGCAAAGCUUCUAGGUUCUGGUAA